AUGAUAGGGUCAAGGGCUUUGUUCCCCCAGGGACCAAGUUUCUCGGAGGAGGACUUCUCGACUAAAGACUUCAUCACAAGGGACUUUGUAGAUGAGUUGGCAGAAAGCGCUAUUCCGGUCAAUCGUCGGUCUGUGCCCGCUGUCCAAGCAGCGUUCGACCCGAAACCCUUGAUCAGGACUUUUGAGAAUGCGUUGGCACAGUUGGGAUCCCUUUCCGAGAAGCUAGAAGAGGAAGAGUCGGGUCUACAGGCCGAGGUGCGACGAGCCGAGUCUCAACACGAUCGAACUCUCGAUGUCCUCGGCCGCAAGCUCGACGAGUCGAUGAAACAAUUUGAAGCCCUCGACCUCGCCCUGAACAAUCCGAACGGCGUCAACGGCUAUGACAGGAACGGGCGGAGUGAUGCGGGCGGUAAUAUCGCGGUACAGAUUGGCGAGAACCUCGAGGAGCUAGACAGGAAGCGCAGGAGGGCGCUGGACGCCAACUUCCUAAUACGGUGUUGGAACGAGGUCUACGAGAACGGCCAGCUGACAUCUCUGGAGGAGAUGAAGAGACAGGGCGGUGCGGAGAACAAGGUCCGAUGCGCCACCAUCGCGCGGCAGCUGAUGCGCAUCAGCCAGAGACUGGAUCCUACAUCCUGGGGGCAAGUGAACGGGUACCGGCGCAACGGCGUGACAAAUGGCAUCACGGGGAUCAGCAGAAAACAUAAUACUCGAGAGGUCCUGGAGAAGUACUGCGAGGUCCUAGAGCAGGACCUGCUUGAGCAGUUCAACAGGAGCUACCGGGCCCAGAACUUCCCAGACAUGAUGCAGUGCGCGAAGGUCCUGUACGAUUUCAACGGCGGUUCUAGCGUCAUAGCCACGUUUGUGAACCAGCACGACUUUUUUAUCAACAGGAACCAGCUCCUCGCGGACGAGGUUACGGGCGAUGAUGAGAGCUGGGAACAGCUUGCCGAUCCGGACAAGGAGCCACCAGGAGUCGAGCAGAGUCUACAGUCCCUGGUGGAUGAGGUCAGGGUGAUCAUGCAAGAGGAAUCCUUCAUUAUCAAGCAGGCCUUCCCAUUCGCAGAAACAGUCUUGAUCAAAUUCAUACAGAGAGUUUUUCAACAGUCUAUACAACAGCGGCUCGAGAGAACCCUCGAGAAGGCAGAUUCCGUCUCGUCUCUGGCAUUCCUGCGGACCCUGCACGCGGCGAGAACAUACAUCGGCCAGCUCAUCGAAGACCUCAAGACGCACGGACUGACCGAGCACCCGGAACCUUGCUCGGCGCAAAUAUCCCAGACGCUGGACCAGCAGAUAGACGAGCUGUUUGUUCCAUACCUGGUAGGAAAUUCAUACAUCGACAGGGAGCGCAAGAACCUGGAAGAAUUGUACAGCUCGUUGCUGUUCAAGUACACAAUCUUCCAUUCGAGGCGCAAGAAGGGGCCCACAGGGUUCAUGGCAGCCAUCGCUCAACAGGGCUCCCAGCUUCUGACAUCAGCUAAGGAGGCCUACCUGGAGCGUCUCGACUCCUCUGAUCUUACACCAACGCAGAAGGCCAUGAUGCUGCGAGUUGCUGGGGUUAAGGACAAUAGUGGCGACAAGAACGAAAUCGAGGUCUCCGAGGAGGACGGCGUGCUGAGUGUCCAGGUGGCACAGAGGAUGAUGAAAUGGCUUGCGGAGAGUGUUCGGAGGACUUUGGAACUCGGUUCUCCAUCAGACACUGCCAAGGAUGUCAACAGUCUGCUCAACCUUCUCCUGACCAGCAUGGGCCAGGUCUACGUCGAGACGUCGCUGGACGCCGCUCUCGAUGCAGCGACAUCGCAGGAAAACACCAAAGUCGAGCCUGACCUCGCGUACCUACCUUCCAUUCGGCCAGCGACUACAAUUGCCAACAUCAUGUCACGGUUCAUACACACCGUCAUGAUCAGGCUGGCAGAAGGUAACGCGACGGUGCGUAGGAGCAUGGAGGCCCAGGCAAAGAUGGGCAUGGAGUCGAUAGAGAGAAAGACGAACAAUAUUGUCAAGAGUUCCAUCGACGUUGUGGUUAACUGGGUAUCGAGGGCUUUGGCCACCCAAAAGAAGACGGACUUUAGGAUGAAGGACAACGAGCUCGAGGCUAUGGCCGAGCUUCUGCAGACACCAACAUGCCAGACGAUCUGCAGCUUCCUCAAGCGUGUCUUGACCUUGGCCAAGCAGGCGAUAGACGGCCACAACCUCGAGCUGUUCAGCAGCGAGCUCGCGCUCUCCCUGCACCGCCUUCUAUUUGAGCACUUCAAGAAAUUCUUUGUCAACGCGACAGGCGGCCUGAUGGUGACUAAGGACAUCAACAGGUACGUCUCCACGCUAAAAGAGUGGCCGCUCAGCAACGAUGUCAAGAGCUUCCUCGACCUUCUUCCUGAGAUCGGCUACCUGUUCAUGAUCGGGGCCGAGGCUCUGCGAGAAAAGUCGCGCACCCUGACGACAGGACCCGGGGCGGCGGGUGGAAAGAAGUUAACCAAGGCAGACUUCAAGGCAUUUGUGGCGAAGCGGGAAGACGCCGGGAGUGUGGGUGUGCAGAGUGUGCUUAAUGGACUAUAG